UCAAACGACAGGAAUUAUUUAUGGCCGUGACAGUUGUUACAAGACACUAAAAAAGUGGCAUGGUGAUCGUGGGAAUUCAGUUGGGUAUGUACGUAACGUAUGAGUGUUGGAGAGUGUUGGAGAUUGAUGGAGAUGGAGAUGGAGAUGGAGGAGGAAACUGAGAAAAUGUCGAAAGAUGGGAGCGCAUCAAAGUGCAAAAGCGUGUUGCCGCACGAGACCCCGGACCUGAAGGAGGACUACAUUGUGGGGCAGAAGGUGCUGGGAAAAGGGCGCUUGGGCACAACCUACGUCUGCACCCACAUGGACACAAGGAAGACUUACGCCUGCAAAACCAUUCCAAAGGCCAAGCUUUUGUGCCAAGAGGAGUACGAUGAUGUGUGGAGGGAGAUUCAGAUCCUGCACCAUUUGUCGGAGCACCCCAACGUGGCAAGGAUACAGGGAAGCUACGAGGACAAGUUUGCGGUGCACCUUGUGAUUGAGCUGUGUCGUGGGGGUGAGCUUUUCUAUAGGAUCACUCAGAAGGGGCAUUACAGCGAGAGAGAGGCUGCCAAGUUGAUGAAGACCAUUGUUGGGGUGGUGGAAGGCUGCCACGCUCAUGGGGUCAUUCAUAGGGAUCUCAAGCCUGAGAAUUUCUUGUUUGAUACCCUCGCCAGGGAUGCCACCCUCAAGGUUAUCGAUUUUGGUUUCUCUGUCUUCUUUAAACCAGGACAAACCUUUAGUGAUAUAGUAGGAACUUGCUACUAUAUGGCCCCAGAGGUGUUGCACAAACAGUCUGGACCAGAAGUGGACGUUUGGAGUGCUGGUGUUAUUCUAUACACCUUACUGAGAGGGCUUCCACCUUUCUGGGCAAAAUCUGAAGCAGGAGUUUACAAACAGAUUUUGCAUGCAGAAGUUGAUUUUACAUCUCAUCCGUGGCCAAGUAUAUCAGGAAGUGCUAAAGAUUUGAUAAAACAGAUGUUGGAUAAGGACCCCAAAAAAAGAAUUUCUGCUCAUGAAGUCUUAUGUCACCCUUGGAUUCUUGAUGAUAGUGUUGCCCCGGACAAACCUCUGGAUCCUGCUGUUUUGACGCGCCUAAAGCAUUUCUCAACAAUGAAUAAACUUAAGAAGAUGGCGUUACGUGUCAUUGUAGAAAGACUUUCAGAGGAGGAAAUAGGUGGAUUAAAAGAGUUAUUUAAAAUGAUUGACGAAGACAAUAGCGGGACAAUCACUUUUCAGGAACUCAAAGAUGGUUUGAAAAGUGUGGGAUGUGAUCUCAUGGAAUCUGAAAUUAGAUCCCUUAUGGAAGCGGCUGAUAUAGACAACAAUGGAACAAUAGACUAUGGUGAAUUUCUGGCGGCUACAAUGCACUUGAAUAAGAUGGAAAGAGAAGAGAAUUUAGUUGCUGCUUUUUCCUAUUUUGAUAAAGAUGGUAGUGGUUACAUCACCAUUGAUGAGCUUCAACAGGCUUGUAAAGACUUCGGCCUUGGUGAGUUGCAUCUGGAUGAGAUGAUCAAAGAGAUUGAUCAAGACAAUGAUGGGAGAAUUAAUUAUGGGGAGUUUGCAACAAUGAUGAGAAGGGGCGAACCAGGUGGUUGUAGAAGCAAAGUCAUGAACAGCAAUCAUAAAGCUUCAUUAUUUCCUGGUUUAGAAGUGAAAGACUCAUCCUAAUAUGCUUAUUGAGAUCUUUAGUGCCGUUAGGAAACAUGAUAUGAUAGAAGAAAAGUCAUAUAGCCAAUUUUUCAUACACAUGACUAUUAUAUAUUUUACAUUGAAACUCUGUAUUCGGUGAAGUCAAAUAUACACAACAUACAUACAAGGUAAAUUGGCUUUAUGUGUUUGUGUUGAGCAAAGAGAAGGGAAAUAUGAUGCUAUUAUUUUUCAAGCUACAGAAUCAUGUUGCCUUUAAAAUCGGGAGUCCGAUU